ACGGCCAGCGCGCAUGCCCGGGGCGGGGCGCGGGGCAGGAGCGCGGAGCCGGCGCCGGGGACAGCGGUGCAGAGUCCGCGGGUCCGCCUGCCAGCCCGGCCGGAGGCGGCCGAGUCCGCUCGGGCGGCGGCCGCGGGAUCCCGAGCGCAGCGUGCGGAGGAGACGGAUCAGCGGCACGGCUGGACCCAGACCGCAGCCUGGCGCUGCAGCUCCGUCAUGCGGGCCAUUGGGCAGCGCUGAAGAGCCAGCCUGGCUACAGGGGCUUCGAAAGGACUCCAGUCCCCCAGGACCUCAGCCCUCAGCCCUCUGCUGCCCGCAGGAUGGGCGCCUGGGGACUGCGUGCCCGGCCAUGAGGGAUUACUGCCCCUCUCCGCUGAAAGCCAGUGUGGUUCCACCCAGGCACACCCCUGCUCACAGCCCUGGCAUGGACUCCAGACACGGCAGCCCCGGUGGGGCCGGUGGAGGGGCCUUCUGUUCCGAGGGUCCUGGCGGGAGCUUGGCCUGCCCACCCCUGACCUGCACUUCUCCCCAGGAGGCAGCCACCAAGGAGACAGUGGGGACACAUGGAACCUCGAUCUCCGGGACACCAGAAGUCACCUUCUCUGGAAAGCCAGAGCCUGUGUCCUCAGCAAAAACUGAUCCCUCAUCUUUGGAGAACAGAAAUCCUAUGUUUUCGGAGAAGAUGGACUCCAAGUCUUCAAAGCAGGCAGAUUCUACUUCCACAGGAAAGGAAGAUGCUGGGCCCUUGAGCAAGGCAGGCCCCACGUUCAUAGGAAAGGCGGAGCCUGCAGUCUUGGGGAAGGGGGAUCCUGUGGCUUCUGCAAGGAUGGAUCCGGGGGCCCCAAGAAAGGAGGAUCCUGGUUCCUGGGGAGAGGUAGACCCUGCAUGCUUGAGCAAGGUGGACCAGGCAUCCCCAAGGAGGGGGAAUCCCGCACCCUCAGCCACAGUGGACCCUGCGCUCCCGAGACAGGAGGAGCCCAGGUAUUCGGGACAAAAGCUUCCUGGGUCCUCAGAAGAGGCGGGUUCUGCACCUGCAGGCAAGGCAGAUCUUGGGUCCUUGGGAAAGAGAGACCCCGGACCCUCAGGAAAGGUGCAUCCCGGAUCCUCAGAAAACACCAAGUCUGCAUCUGCAGGAAAGACAGGUCCUGGGUCUGCUGGAAUGCUGACUCCAGGGUUGUCCGGCAAAAUCACGCCUACAUCCCCCGGAACAGUGGCUCUGGGGUCGGCAGCAGGGGGCGGACUCCUGGAGACAACAGGCCCUGUGCCCGAGGGAAAUGUGGAAAUCAUGUCCCCUGCCAAAGAGGAUCCUCCGCCCCUGGGAGCGAUGGACACUGCCUCCUCAGGAAAGGGAGACCCUGCAUCUGUGGGAAUGACAAAGACCGGGUCUGCUGGACAGGCAGCUGCUGUGUCUUUAAGCGAGGUGGGUCCAGCCUCUCUGGGAAAGGUGGACCCCACGUCCUCAGGAAAGCCAGAGCCCUGGUGUCCUAGGAAGGGCGAACUGACAGCUGCAGGAGAGACAGAAAUUGUGUCCACGGGGAAGGAGCACCCAGUCUCCUCCCAAAAGGCGGGCCCCACCAGUGCUGUGGGAAAUAUAAAAACACCGUCUUCUGGAAAAGUGGAUCCUGAAUCUUCAGGGAAGACAGACCCUGUGCCCUCAUUUCCAGGGGACCCCAAGCUUCUGGGAACAGUGGGAUCCUCAUCCUCUGUAGAAGCUGAGGCAGUGACUGGGGGGGAAGCAGCUCCACUGUCCUCAGAGAAGGCAGGUCCUGUGACCUCUGGGAAGGUGGGUCCCGUGGCCCUAGGGAGGGCCGAUCCCCCCACCUUGGGCAAGGUGGACCCUGUGAGCGGGGGGAAGGCAGAAAUCGUGCCCCUGGGAAAAGCAGUGGACUCCAUGUCUUCAGGAAGGGUGGCCCCCACGACUCUAGGGAAAACAGCCCUGGCACCCUCAGGAAAGGCAGAUGCUGUCCCAGAGGAAAAAGUGGAUCCCCUGCCUCCAGAAAAGGGGAACCCUGAGAACUCCACAAAAGUGGACCCCAGUGCGUGGGGGAAAGCAGAACCCAAGUCCCAGGACAAAGCGGUGAUGAAGCCUCCUGAGCAGGAGGGUCCCAAUUCAACAGGAAAAAUGGAGGCUGCGACUGGGCAAGAGAAGCCCCUGGCCUUGGAGAAGGGGGAUCCUGGAUCCUCAGGGGAAGCAGACCCUGUUGCCUCUGGGAAGGUGGAGCCUGUAGCCCUGGGGAGGGCCAACUCGGCACCACCUCGGGGAAAAGCAGAACCCGCAUCCUUGGAGAAUGCCGUCCCCAUAACUCUGGAUCAGGCAGAGGCCUCUCUCCCCUGGCAGUCAGAUAGUAAAGCCUGUGGCUCAGACUAUUCUCCCUCGGGUGCUGGAAGCGGUGGGGACCGCGUAGAACCCGCGCCAGCGAGUAGCACAGAGGUCUGCAGCCUGGGGCAGAAAGAACCCGUGGCCGCUGGAGCCCAGAGAAGCCCCCGCCCGGAGGCCGAAGCGCCCCCGCCUGGGCCGCGAACUCGUGACAACUUCACAAAGGUGCCGUCGUGGGAUGCCAGUGCCCCGCCGCCACCGCGCGAGGACGCGGGCACUCAGGCGGGCGCGCAGCCCUGCGUGUCGGUGGCUGUGAGCCCUAUGUCCCCGCAGGAUGGCUCGGGCGGCCCGGCCUUCAGCUUCCAGGCGGCACCGCGCGAGCCCAGCCCCGCGCCUAGGCAGCCAUCGCGCCGGGACGCGGGCCUGCAGGUGUCGAUGGGGGCCGCGGAGACGCGCUCUGUGGCCACCGGGCCCAUGACGCCGCAGGCCGCCGUGCCUCCCGAGGCGCCACCCGCCUUCCCUGAGGUGCGGGUGCGGCCCGGCUCGGUGCUGGCUGCCGCGGUGGCGCCCCCGGAGGCGGCCGAGCCCGUUCGCGAUGUGAGCUGGGACGAAAAGGGCAUGACGUGGGAGGUGUACGGCGCCGCCAUGGAGGUGGAGGUGCUGGGCAUGGCCAUCCAGAAACAUCUGGAGCGACAGAUCGAGGAACACGGCCGCCAGGGGGCACCCGCGCCGCCGCCCGCCACCCGCCCGGGCCCCGACCGUGCUGGCUCAGUGCGCACCGCGCCUCCCGAGGGCAACGCCAAGCGCCCGCCUGGCCUUUUCCGCGCGCUGCUGCAGAGCGUGCGCCGGCCGCGGUGCUGCUCCCGGGCGGGACCCACGGCCGAGUGAUCUGCCUCCCUUUUGUACGCCCGGGUUUCCAACCUCCUCAAGCCCCUUCUUGACCCCAGGCCUCGAGAAGGGAUCCCCCUCGACACAGACAGGCCUCCGAGGUAGGGGCAGCCUCUGGGGCCUUCUCACUCCACCCUCUCCUCUCCCCUCCUAGAUAAAUGAACCCGCUCUACCCAGCUCCCUCCUGAUCAGGAGUCCACAAGCCCAGCCCUGACACCCUACUGUCCCCUCACCGCUCUCAGCUCCACUCCCUCCGGGUCAUCCCUGAGGGGCCUGCUCCAUACCUCCCAGGCCUGAGAGCUGAGGCAGUCUCCUGGGAUGUCCAGGCUGCUGGCUGCUGGUGGCAGCCAGGUCCCCAGAAUGGGAGAGACUGUGUGCAAAACCUCCAAGUGUGCAAGAAUUGGUGUGUGAGGCCCCAGUGUGCAAGGCUCUGAAUGUGAGGCCCUGGGCGAGUGUGAGUGUGUGUGCUCGCCACGGGCUGGCCCCCAUGGCCCGGGCAUCUCUUGCAUGCUAGUAGUCAGUCAUCCCCGAUCCCCACCUGCCCUCCCUGGGCCCACCCCAGCCCUAUGUCCACCCUCACAGGACACGGUUCUGGAUCUGGGAGCGGGAGGGGUGGGGGCGGCAGCUGCAAGCGUGCCCUGGCCCUACUGUUGAAAGAAGAGACACAGAAAGGUCAGAGGGCCUCAGACAGGCCUGGGGAUAACAGCCAGGGUUACAGAAGGUCUCAGGCCACUGGCAGCCCGGUCUUAGGUAGUGGGGGCAGAAUGGAGAGCUCAUCAUCGUACAACCACAGCUGCCCAUUAAAGGCCUCCCUCUCCAACCCCCCAUACUCCCUGUGCUGUGAGCCCCACAAGUCCCUGAGGACCACUCAGAGCCUCUGUCCCCACCCCUCCAGCCUUGGUUUUUGGCUACAAA